GCAGCCAGGGGAGUACUGAGACCGCCAAGAGAGACGGUGGGGCCCCGGGACAUUGCCGAUGGCAGACGGGCAGGAUUUGGUUGGGCGGUUGGAUGGGGUGUGGGUUCUGGCGUUGCUGGUGGUGUGCGCGUCCUCGUAAUGCACCGAAGGCCGGCCAGGUCACGGGUCGUCGUCAGGCAUGGUGGCUUUCGCUUUCGGUCUUGAGUGGGUUUGGUUUGCGAAAAUCGGUACGACAGUCGGAACUCGUAGCAAGCAGGCAAUUGAAGUUGACGAUUUGCGACGCAGUCGACCAAGCAUACCGCGACAGUGAAGACGAGUCGCCCGCUUAGUACUUCAAAAUGAUGUACAGGGCGUGGAUGAUACCAGGGAGGUAACCUGAGUUGGGAGUGUCAGUCUAAUUGUGUGACUGG